UUGUCUGUGUCUGGUUCGGUCGUGGUCGCGCAGGUUGUGGGUGCUGUGCGGCUGUUACUAUGGCGGUGCUACCGGCCUUCCUUAUAAUUACACUAAACCUCCUCUUGGCACUGACUGGCUUCGUGGAUGCAAUUAGAUGUGUGUGUUCCAAUUGCAAUCAGUCCAACUACACAUGUGUAACAGAUGGAGCCUGCAUGGUCUCAAUUGCCAACCUGAAUGGCAUGGAACAUCAUAUGCGAGCAUGUAUUCCUUCAGCAGAACUUGUACCUGCUGGAAAGCCAUUUUAUUGCCUCAGCUCAGAGGACAUCCGAAAUACUCAUUGCUGUUACACAGACUACUGCAACAAAAUCGACCUUCUUGUGCCUAGUGGACACAUAAAGGAAGAGGAGGUUCCCCCCGGCUGGGGUCCAGUUGAGCUUGUAGCAGUGAUUGCAGUCCCUAUGUUCCUAAUCUUCAUUAUCAUAAUUGUGGUGAUAUUGUUCCAUUGUCACCAUAGACUUUAUCACAACCGCCAGAGACUCGACUUAGAGGACCCAUCAUGUGAAAUGUAUCUGGCAAAAGAUAAAACGCUUCCAGAUUUAGUCUAUGAUCUUUCAACUUCAGGUUCUGGCUCAGGGCUACCACUUUUCGUUCAGCGAACUGUUGCAAGAACAAUCGUUCUCCAGGAAAUCAUAGGGAAAGGCCGUUUUGGGGAAGUCUGGCGUGGGAAGUGGCGUGGAGGUGAUGUAGCAGUGAAGAUAUUUUCUUCUCGGGAAGAGCGUUCAUGGUUCAGAGAAGCUGAAAUCUACCAGACUGUGAUGCUGCGACAUGAGAAUAUUUUGGGAUUUAUUGCAGCAGACAACAAAGAUAAUGGAACUUGGACCCAGCUAUGGCUUGUUUCAGACUAUCAUGAACAUGGCUCACUUUUUGACUAUCUUAAUCGGUACACAGUAACUAUUGAAGGGAUGAUAAAACUUUCUCUGUCUGCAGCCAGUGGUCUUGCUCACCUGCAUAUGGAAAUAGUUGGAACUCAGGGAAAACCGGGAAUUGCUCACAGGGAUUUAAAAUCCAAAAACAUUUUAGUCAAGAAAAAUGGCAUGUGUGCUAUUGCUGACUUGGGCCUUGCUGUCCGCCAUGACUCUGUCACAGAUACUAUUGACAUAGCUCCAAACCAGAGAGUUGGGACCAAGCGGUACAUGGCUCCUGAAGUCUUGGAUGAAACCAUAAACAUGAAACAUUUUGACUCUUUCAAAUGUGCUGACAUUUAUGCUCUGGGAUUAGUUUAUUGGGAAAUCGCUCGUAGGUGCAGUACUGGAGGUUUCCAUGAAGAAUAUCAGCUUCCAUAUUAUGAUCUUGUACCUUCAGACCCUUCAAUUGAAGAGAUGAGAAAAGUUGUUUGUGACCAGAAAUUACGGCCUAACAUACCUAACUGGUGGCAAAGUUAUGAGGCUCUUCGAGUCAUGGGGAAGAUGAUGCGAGAGUGCUGGUACGCUAAUGGAGCAGCUCGUUUGACAGCACUACGUAUUAAAAAAACAUUGUCACAGCUCAGCAUACAGGAAGAUGUGAAAAUCUGAAAAAACAAGCAACCCCUGAGAAAAUGUGGAAAUAAUUCAUACAAGCUGCCAUGAUGUAGUACAUAUGAGGCCUACCUCAAUGUUUCAUCCCAAACAACUGCCAGUUGAACAAUGGGGCCUUUUUGGCCAAAUGAAAGUGAACAGCACACUACACAUUUAAUUCUAGGUUUGGGUAUGAAACUAAAAACCUUUAUUUCUAUUUCUUUGCCCCCUAAGAGCAUGAAGAUAUGGAAUCAACUUCAGGUAAUUACCAUAUUGCCUGAUUUUCGUUUUUUCUAAACGAAAUUCUUACAGUGGCAUCUCUUUCAUCAGUGUAGGGUAAAAUCCACUUCAUCAUACUUGUUUGUCCAAAAUGGUUAGGGGUAUUGACCAGUGCAGCAGACCAUGCUCAUUUUCUUAACUGGUUCAGAUUCUAGUGAGCAAGCUGAGGUUUUUUUUGGACACUACCCUAAUCAAAGACAAGGAGCCCCCCCCCCCCCCUUUCCAGGAACUGUGAAAUCACUGUUCAGGCUUCACGAUAAAUCAUACUGGAGCUUGAGGAGAAACACCACAGUCCACGUAGACCCACUUCCAUGCAUGUGCAAGGGUGUGUGUAGCUUUUUUGACCUGUGUUUUGUAGGUGCACACGUGUACAUGUGAGCUUGUCUGCAUGCGCAAAUAUUAAGCUCCCCUUUUUGAGGUGUCAGUAUGUUGGUCACCUUUGUGACACUUCAUGUAAAAAUCGCGUACAGGGCCGCUUGUCACCUAGUUUUUUACAAAAUCCAACUUCACCAUACAACACCAUCUGCUUUCCAGAAGGAGGAGAUUCGUGCUGAUGAAAUCUUUUGGCAAUAGAAAUAUUUCAAUAAAAGACCCUCAGCUUGCGCUGUCCCAGAGGAUAUAAGAAGCGAGGACAACCUGCAAAAAUCCAUCAUCAUUUGUAAAUGAAUCUCAGGUGUCAAGCAUUUGCCAACAGCAGGGAUUUUAGAUGUGUGUGCUCAUUAAAUAAACAGUGGCAUGGGACUACAUGGCUUCUUCCAGCCUGCCCCCUGUAAGAUCUCUUCAUGCUUCAGAAAUGCUGUACAGAUAUCAUUUGGUGCAGAUUGGUAACUCUCACAUGAGCCUUAUCUGAACACCACUUAAACCAGGGCCUGACAAAGGUGGGAAAGAAGCAGGGUUUGUAUUUAAGUGACGUCACAUCGCAUUUUAAUACAGGAUCUUAGUUUGAUGGGAGAAUUUUGGUUCAGCAUCUAUAGUACAAUAACUCUAAAGCCAUAACUUUUAACUGGAGUGAUUUUUGUUUUUAUAUUUUAAGUUUUGGGGGGAGAGCAGGGAUUUUAACUUUUUUUAUUAAAUAUUUUAAUUCUUUGUAAAAAAGAAAAACAAAAAACAGAUAUCUCUCUAUAUAUAGAUAUAUACACACAUACGUAAAUAUAAAUAUUACCUCUCAGCCUAUUGUUUGUAUAGAAAUCACUACAGAAAAACCAAAUGCGCCAAGCUAUAUUUACACUGGAACUAUUUGUACUUAUACCUGGAAUUUUCUUCUAGAGGCUGGAAUGAAUCUAUACUUACGGUUACAUGUCACAUUUUUAUAAUACCAUGUUCUCAUUGUCUUCAGGUGUACACCAUUUUCUGUGUGUAUCCUUCAGGGGUUUUAGUGACGUGUCCAAAGUGAUUAUAUAUAAAUAUUUUUUCUGCUUUCUGUGCAGAACUGUUAAAUAAACUCCCAUUUAUCUUGCCUGGUG